CUGGCAGACACGGUCUUAUUUUUCCAGAAAUCAGUUGACAUCAAUAGCGUUCCACUGACGGAGCCAGUGCCUGGACUGUCGGAAGCGAAGUACCUCAAAAAGAUCCAGGUGAAACCAUUUGAUACCAAACUGUCGAAGCUGAACAAUGGCCUCAGUGUUGCCAGCGAACCUCAUUAUGGCAUAUAUUGUACUGUUGGAAUUCUAAGCACCGAUUUUAAGUGA